ACAAGCAGAUGGAACUUAGCGAUUGGUUGUAGAAAUAAAUAAAUUAUAAUUUAAAAAUGGUUCUUGGGUUGAUUUUGAUUCGCUUUGAUUUCUUCUGUCGACAGAUUAAAAGAAAAAGAAGUCUGUUUUACAAAUGUGUCACGUGGAGCAUUAUAGCAUUCAUAAUGUUAAUCGUCGGCAUUUACAAGUUCAUCGCAACAUCAAAUGAUCCUAUGGCAAUCGAUAAAACAUACAUUUAUAUUGAGCCAUUCAGCUCUUACUUUCGACGUAAAAAUCAUACGCAAAUUCUACAUGAUUGGAAUGAUUAUGAGCUCAUCAGGAGGGAUGAGAAACGAAUUGGGUAUGGUGAACAUGGAACUGACACUUAUGUGGAUGGACAAGAUCCAAAAUUAGAAGAAAUGUUGGUCCGAGAAAAUGGACAUAAUGUGCUAGUGAGUGAUAUGAUUGCACUUGACCGUUCAAUACCUGAUUUUCGUAAUGAUGCAUGUCAGAAAAAGAAGAAUUUGAAAGACUUACCAAAAGUUUCAAUUAUCAUUCCAUUUUAUGAUGAACAUAUUUCAACAUUAUUAAGAACCCUUCACAGCAUCAUUAAUCGUACACCUCGUGAACUUUUAAAGGAAAUCAUCUUAGUUAAUGACCUUUCACGAAAGCAUUAUGAAAAGCUUGAAAAUCAUAUAGCUGUUAAAGGAUGGGCAGGUUUAGUAAAAAUGAUUGAAAUGGAAGAACAUUCGGGUGUAAUAUGGAGUCGUUUAGCUGGUGCUCGACUUGCAAGUGCUGAUGUUUUAUUAUUUAUGGAUUGUCACGUUGAGGUUGGAUAUAAUUAUUUACCACCGCUGCUCGAACCAAUCGCAAAAAAUUAUCGAAUGGUCACAAUUCCUACCCUCGACAUUAUCGAUAAAAAUAAUUAUGAGAUUUUGCCUCUAGAUCCAGCACGUACAGUUUUUGAUUGGCAUUUUCAUGCUCAAAGAAUUCCAUUGAAUGCCAGGGAUACUGAAAUGAAACCUGAUGAGCCAUACUUUACACCAGUCAUUUAUGGAUCAACUUAUGCAAUUAGUCAAAAGUUCUUUUGGGAACUUAAACCUGACUUUGAAUUAAUAACACAAGGAGCUGACUUUAUUGAAAUGAGUUUUAAAAUUAAUCUAUGUGGCGGCAUGACACUCGAACAUCCCUGCUCACGUAUAGCACAUCUUUAUCGUAGAUUUCCUCACGAAAAACACUUCAAUGAAAUUGACUUUAAGGCGUCAAAUAAUAAACGUGUAGCUGAAAUUUGGCUUGAAGAAUAUAAAGAAGCUCUUUAUUCAAGACAUCCGGAACGUUAUAAUAGAAUUCGUGUAGAUGAGGAGGACAUAAUCGAACAAUUGAGAUUGAAAAAAUCUCUAAACUGUUUGCCAAUUUCCUACUUCUUUGAACGUCUGGCACCGGAUAUGCUUGAGAGAUAUCCAAUACAUGAGUAUCAACAUUUUGCUUCAGGCGGUAUUCGUCUGUUUGAGAAAAAUGACACAUGCCUAGAGAUAUCUGGUGACUCCGAUUAUGGUGAAUCAUCUAGACUUGAAAUACAAAAAUGUGAUCCAAAUAUAGUUCAUCCACACGAAUAUCAAUAUUUCAUUCUACGACAUUUUCGCGAUAUACAAAUACGUGGUCGUUCAGACUGCAUACAAAAUGCACGACGUGGAAAUGGAUUCACGUAUGCACAUUGUCAUUAUAAGCAGGGAAAUCAAUACUUCCGAUACGAUAUCGAAACAAUGCAGAUUUUUUGGGGCCCAAAGCGUAACAAUUUAUGCCUUGAUGCGGAUUUUGAGACUAAACAGGUUAUAGCUAGUAAAUGUGAUAAACAUAAUAAGCAUCAGAAAUUCGUGUUUGGUAAGGUUAACUUGGCAAUGCUGAAAAGUUGGCUUGAAUAUGGUGCAAAUAUUUUGGACGAUAAGGAAGUCAAGGAUUUAAAGGAAUAGAUUUUUUUUAUAAAAACUAAAAUAUUUUUGCAAAAUAAAACGUGAG